AUGGAUAUUUCAGAAAAACAGUUAGCUGAUAAAAUUUCCGAAAUAAAUCCUUAUCGGGGUGAGGUAUAUCUAGUGGAAAUAAUUGACGCCCAAGGCUACGAGCAGAAAGGCAAUGAUGAUGAUGAGCGUUUAGCAGUAGUAGUUUCCAACAACCAGCAAAACGCGAAAAAGAAUGUAAUUGUUAUUGUUCCUCUUUCCAGUAAAGUCAAAAAAAUUUAUCCUUUUCAAGUGGCUACUUUCUUCCAAGGCAAACCCGGCAAAGCCAAAUGCGAACAAGUAAGAGCCAUUACCAUUGAAAGAUUUAAGGAAAAAUUGGGCGAGCUGACUGAAAAAGAAAUGAAUGAAAUUGAGGAGAAGUUGGUUUUUGUUUUACAUUUAGAGGGUUUGAUAAAACGGAAAGUUCAAGCCGUGGUCCAAAAAUAUUUAAAGUUAAGUAGCAGAAAAAAAACAAUAAAAAAUCAAGAAGACAAUACUGAAAGAAUAGAGUUGGAAAGUCAACCGAAUAUGGAAGAAAUCGAGACUGAAGAGCAGAGUGUUGAGGAUGAAAAACUUAACGAAGAGAACGCAAAAGCAGAAUUUUUGCAUGAAGUUGUCUGUAAUAAGUUAUUCAGUGCUGGUGACGCUGAACCUAUUGUACCAUGCCUUGGAAUUUCCCAAGAUCCUACAACCAAAAAUUACAUCAUGGUAAUGCAAUGCAUGGAAGAUGGCAGUUUGCGGCAACAUCUACAAAAGAAUUAUGGACGAUUAUAUUUUUAUCAAAAAUUCACCCAAUUAGAAGACGUCGCAGAGGGUUUAAGUUCAAUUCAUAAAAAAGGAUUAAUACACAGAGACUUGCACUCAGGAAAUAUAUUGAGUUUUCAUACAGGAGGUCGUUUUGUUUCUCAAUCUCAUAGGUGCUGUAUUACUGACUUGGGACUAUGUCGGCCUGCUGAUGAAGUUGAUGACAAAAAAAUUUAUGGAGUGUUACCUUAUGUAGCACCGGAAGUGAUCCGCGGAGAACCUUACACCCAAGCGGCUGAUAUUUAUUCUUUUGGAAUGGUGGCUUAUGAAGUACUUUCUGGCUUACCUCCUUACUAUGAUUUAGACUACGAUUCAAAUUUGGCUUUAUUAAUAUUUAAAGGACUACGACCAGAUUUAAGUGAUGUUCAAGCACCUCAACUAUUAAAGGAUUUAAUUAAAAGAUUAGAAAACGGUCAAGUUAUAGUGGAAGUUCCCGUGGGAGAAGUAAGCAAAAUAAUUCCUCUGUAUCAUCCUAAGUUUCAUCCACAAUCAAAAUUUAUUAGUAAACCACUAGACUUCAAAAAUCUUCCUGAAUCCCAAAACAGUCAAGAAAUUAAUGACGAAUUCUACGGUGGUUCCAAAAACCUAGAACUAGAUCUUAAUGAUUUCAACCUAGACGAACUAACCAUUCAAGAAGACCCCCAAGAACAAUCUUCUCACCAAGCCCAAAUCCAAAUCCCACCUAAACAAUAA